AGAUGUUCCACGCAAAGUGCUCAAUCCUUCUCGCCUUCGCUGGUUUGUGUGCUGCGGCCCCCGCGGUGGACCACGAGGCGGCCGCCCAACAGCUCCGUCCUACAGCAGUGGGCCCCACCAGACGUCCACAGCCGCAGCCGGUUGUGCCUGUGGCCCUGGGACCUUUGCCCAGUGUUGGCACUUUGGCUCCUGUAACUCCGCCUCAACUCGCGCCCGGUGACCAAUUUUUCAACCAAAGCCCCGACGGCCAGUUCUCCUCAGGGUUCCGUAGUGCUGACGGAACAGCUGUGUUCAUGCAGGGUGACUUGGUGCCCACUACGGAUGGAAAGGACGUGGUCAUUGUGAAGAGAGGGGCCUACUCGUAUAUCACGCCCGAAGGCCGCACCAUCAACGUGCGCUACGUGGCCGACCACCUCGGCUUCAGGGUCGAGCAAGGUGACCAGAGGGUUUGAAGAUGAAGGACUGUUAGAUUUAGAGAAAAAUAAAAAGGACUAA